UUUCUGGGCGCUAGCAGGAUGCACGAGCGGAGACAGCGAGGCUGAUAGUCAUAUCGACAGGGAUAGAAGCAGAUAGCCCCUUAGGGGAGGAAGGAAAGUCGGAUUACUGGCUACCUCAGUGCACCACAUUCACCACUAUUUCACUUCUUAUCCUUCAAUACUCCGGCUGAUGUCAUCAUGUCGGUAAACGCCCCCAGUAGCAAUGACGCCUGCCUGAGCAUCGUGCACAGCCUCAUGUGCCACCGGCAGGGUGGCGAGAAUGAGGGUUUCGCCAAGCGUGCCAUCGAGAGCCUGGUGAAGAAGCUCAAGGAGAAGAAGGACGAGCUGGACUCGCUCAUCACCGCCAUCACCACCAACGGUGUGCACCCCAGCAAGUGUGUCACCAUCCAGAGGACCCUGGACGGACGCCUGCAGGUUGCAGGGAGGAAAGGCUUCCCCCAUGUGAUCUACGCUCGAUUAUGGCGCUGGCCAGACCUACACAAGAAUGAGCUAAAGCACGUCAAGUUCUGCCAAUACGCCUUCGACCUCAAAUAUGACAAUGUGUGUGUCAACCCUUACCACUAUGAGAGAGUGGUUUCGCCCGGCAUUGUUGGUCUCAGUCUCCAAAAUACAGCCCUCUCUCCUCUAGGCCCCCCUGGGAGGCUGAUCAAGGAGGAGUAUAUUCAUGACUGUAUCCAGAUGGAUAUGCCACCAGGCAUAUCCCCCCACUCAGGGGCGCUCAAGCUACAGCCUCCGGACCACUACGGCCAGCCACUCCCGCCUCUGCAGCUCCCGCCAGAACCACAGCGGGCCCCUCUGCCCAUCACGCUCUACCCCAACAUGCCCCUCUCGCCCACAGUGUCCGGCUCUAUGCUGCCUCUCCAGGGAGGUCACAGUGAGGGGCUCCUACAGAUAGCCUCUCCUCAGGGUCAGGUCAUAACCCCUAUGACACCCACACCGCCCCCCUCCACCCCAACACACGGGCUGCCACACGGGCCACCGCAGAACCCCCAGCCACCCCAGCCCCCGCCUGGUCAGAAUGGAUACAAAAGCUCCAAACACACACAGUCACAGGCUGCGUUCCACACAACUUGGACAGGUAGUAGCACAGCCUCCUACACUCCUGUGGGACACCAACAACAGAAUGGGCGUGGCCACCAACAGCCUCCUCUCCACCAUCCAACCAGCUUCUGGUCUCAGCAUCAUGGCUCAGCCUCAUUUCCUCCCCCUGUGUCCAAUCAUCCAGGGCCAGAGUUCUGGUGCUCCAUCUCCUACUUUGAAAUGGAUGUGCAGGUGGGGGAGAUGUUCAAGGUGCCGGCUAGCUGCCCGGUGGUGACGGUGGACGGCUACGUGGACCCCUCAGGGGGCGACCGCUUCUGUCUGGGCCAGCUAAGCAACGUCCACCGCACCGACGCCAGCGAAAGAGCCAGGUUGCACAUAGGUAAAGGAGUGCAGCUGGAGUGUCGUGGCGAGGGAGAUGUGUGGAUGCGCUGUAUGAGCGACCACGCCGUGUUCGUGCAGAGCUACUACUUGGAUCGAGAGGCAGGUAGAGCGCCAGGCGACGCAGUACACAAGAUCUACCCCGGCGCCUACAUCAAGGUAUUUGACCUGAGACAGUGUCACAGGCAAAUGCAGCAGCAGGCAGCUACAGCGCAGGCAGCGGCAGCAGCUCAGGCUGCCGCCGUGGCAGGCAACAUCCCUGGGCCAGGCAGCGUUGGAGGCAUAGCCCCUGCAGUCAGUCUUUCUGCAGCAGCAGGGAUAGGUGUGGACGACCUCCGGAGGCUGUGUAUCCUGCGGCUGAGCUUUGUGAAGGGCUGGGGCCCUGACUACCCCCGGCAGAGCAUCAAACAUACCCCCUGUUGGGUGGAGGUACACCUGCACCGGGCUCUGCAGCUGCUGGACGAGGUACUACACACCAUGCCCUUGGCCGACCCAGGACCCGCUAACUGAGUAAAAGGAAAGAGGAUCAGUUAAAAAUCCAUACUGGGUUAAAAACUUACAAUCACACACACGCACACGCACACGCACACACACACAAACACAGCAGUAAAAAUGUAUGUUUUUGUCAUACCCGUGAUAUGCUGUCAGCCAAUCAGCAUUCAGGGCUUGAACCACCCAGUUUAUAAAGGCUGAUACAGAUUGAUACAUGCACAUACAACCACAUGCAUGUUUCUGUUCUAUAUAACGCACACAAUGUAGAGCUACUCAAAGCCCCACAAAGGCUAUCCUCAAUCUCUCCGUCACACACAGACACACACUCAAGCAGCCAACAAUCACUGCACUCUCCUUAACCACUUGUACUGUCUCCCACACGCCCAUGCAACCACGAACCAAACCUGUGGGCAUGCAGAUAGAAAACCACUGAUGUCCUGAUCAUACUUUCCAUGUUUUGUGAACAUUAAUUAUUGUUUCACAGCACAAACACUACAAAGCAGCCUUGACCCCUGAAUUACCUUUCAUAGAGGUUCUUUAUUAUAGUAUAAACAGGUAACAUUAGUGAAAAUGUAUACUGAGUAAUUUAUGUUUAUUCUUCUAUUCUCUACAGAAAUAGAAAUGCACUGUAGAAAUCUAGGGAUGCUUUUCAGAGAUCCAGUGUUCUGACAUGAUACAAGCAAUUUAGUACUCCUCAAAUGCACACACAAUCCACACUUGCUCAUUUCCUUCUUACAUGUACACGUACACACACACACACACACACACACACACACACACACACACACACACACACACACACACACACACAAACACAGCAGUAAAAAUGUAUGUUUUUGUCAUACCCGUGAUAUGCUGUCAUAUGCUGUCAGCCAAUAAGCAUUCAGGGCUUGAACCACCCACACACACACACAUCAGAAAUCCAGAUGACCCAAAUCCAGGAGGACUAAAGAUCUUGACCUAAAUAACUCAUGAACAAUUUGUCAAACACAAAUCUCACACUAGAAAAUCAGAUUUGGAUUCCGAUGUUAACCUAGAAGAUGUACAGAGUUUUUGGUAAAUCCAGACCAAUAGAACAGAUGCUUUAUAUUGGUGAUUAGAACCUGGGUCACAGAACCAAAAUGUCUCGGAACUGUGAAGAACACCAGAGUGAUGGAACCAGCGUCCUAAUUAAUCUAGCCAGCCAUCCUUUUGUCAUCUCUGUGUGUGUGUUGUGUUCUCCUGUGUGUGGAUCUCAACUCAAAUAGUUAGUAAUUAUUAUCUUGUUAGCCCUAUAAUAACACAGGGCACUUUUCUCAAGCUAAUUUAUUUUCUUACCAAAAGGUGAAAAAAGCCAAAAAAAUGUAAGCUUUAAAAUAGUGGUGUGGGUAUUUGUGAUGAAGCAGUACAGUGUAUGUAACCAAACAGUUUGCCACACGGCGGAACUCACCAAAGCCAGAAUACCUCAUGAUAACAGUGUAAACCCACAGUUUGUCUUUCAGCCAAAACCUCAGACGCUCAGUAUUUUCUCUUGUAAGUUCCUCCUUAAGGCGUCCGCAUGCUUCCCAGCCAAAACAGUUUGUGCAUAUAUUAUGACAACAUUUUGUGAGGUUUUUGUUUGUUUUGGACUUCGGUAAAGAGUUUUUUUCAGCUGUUCGGGUACGCAAAUGUUUUUCUCGAGACCAGCCGACGUUCAGGAGCCGAAGUCUACGCCCCUUCGUCCGUAAUUAGUCAACUGUGGGGAUUCUUCAAUAAAGUCUUUGGGUGUGUUUGUAAAUUGCCUUCAGUGUGUCAGAGUGCGCUCUGGGUCGUUCGUAAAUUCAGAGCGUUGUCAGAUUGUCGGUUCUAAAUUCAGACCAUUUCGCUCUCGGCGAGUUCAGAGCGCACACUGGAUUCUCUGGCUGACGAGUAGGGUUGAUCCGAGUGUUCUGACCUCAACGGCAGUCAAGCACCCAAGCUAACUGGCUAAAGUUGGUUAGUUUGCUAGCUACUUGCAGGCACAAAUGAGAGAACACGUCACUCUGACCAUUUUACUCGCCCUAGCAGAGCUGGUUAGGCUGUUUUCAUGUUAUCUAGAGCAUUAGUGACUUUAACUGUGCUGCUGGCGACAAUUCAAUUCAGUUUUUUUGCAGACGUUUACUGACACUGGUCAUAUUCAUUGGGUGUUGCACAUUUGUAAAUGCUCUGGCACACUCAGACAAGAGUGCUCUGAAAUCGGAGUAAAUAGUCCGAGUAAAUUUACAAACGCAUGGUUGUCACUCAAUGAGAAACGACUUGUUUUCAUGCUAAUUGUUUCCUUGAGAAAUACUGCACCUUAGUUAGAUGUAAAAUUACACGACUAAGAUCUCCCAUGCAAAAAGGUCAAAAUGAAUGACAGAUUUCUUGAGUUAUCUUAGAUUCAUUCUGACUUUUGAGGAAGUGUAUACUGGACAAACAGUACGAUUGACACUUUUUUCUCAUUUUUCAAGGGAGUAUGCGAGCACACUCUUUCGGUUCGCCUAGCCAACUUUGGCUAGCCGUCAGCCGAACUGAAGCAUGCUGACGCCUUUAAAGCCUCAUAUCACACUAUGCCUUUCACCAAAUUAAUAUAAGAUGGAAUAUGGAAUAGACCCACAAUGAAGCCUUGGGGAACAUCAUUGUAAUAGGAUGCCCCAACUGUGGAUACAAUGGUUAAUUCUCAAUCAGUUUAAAUUAGGCCAUAAUAAUAUCACUUAUACUGUGACAAAAUAUUAAGAACACCUUCCUAAUAUUGAGUUGCACCCCCUUUUGCCGUCAGAACAGCCUUAACUCGCACGGACAUUAGCUCUACAAGGUGUCAAAAGUGUUCCACAGGGAUGCUGGCCCAUAUUGAUUCCAAUGCUUCCCUCAGUUGUGUCAAGUUGACUUGAUGUCUUUUGGGUGGUGGACCAUUAUUGAUACGCACAGUAAACUGCAGGUGUCCUUAAUGUUUUGUACACUCAGUUUAGGUCACUUUGGAAAACAUCAAAUGUAUCUUUGGAAUGAAAGAUGACUUUCCUUUGCAUUCAUUUCAAUCAGGUACCCUAGUUUUGGUAACGAUCAACCUCAAGCCUACUGAAGUGAAGUUAUGACCGAUGUUCUAACAUUGAUGCAUAAUACGACAUGCAAGCUCAUCAUUUAAGACAGCAGCCGGAAGAAGUAGGCUAGGCUUCAUGAUGUUGCGUGGAAAAACCUGGACUGAAUGCAAACCGUCACUCUAUCCAGGGGCAGGAACAUGAGUGCUUUUAUUGGCUCCUUCCUGUGCUCUGAUGCAUUUGAUACAUGUGCCUUUCCGUUCUCCAAGUCAGGCUGUUUAGGGAUGUACUUCACAGAUGCUAGGGUUUAUGUCGUCCAUAAGUGGGACAUCUCCAAAGCAUGACAAUUUCAUCCGGUUGGAAUGUAAUAUCUACUAAGCCUACAUGUUGGCAACAUACCCUAUGCUCAAGGUCAAAAAGGUUGAUUCUUUCCCCCAUAGUUAUCAAUUCAUAGGUGUCCAUUUAUAAUCACUGUUUGUGAUUUGUGCUUUUAGUUUUGGUCAAAGUAGAUGACACCCCUCACAGUGGAUUGUAACACAGACAAUACUUAGUCUUCCUUUGUCUGUAGAUAUACAGUACCAUGAUAUAUGGGUUGUCAUCUCGAUAGGUUUAUCCCUUCUGUUGAGUGUGUUGGUUGGGUGGGAAAUGGAAAAUAACACAGCUCAAGUGCUUUGUACACGUCACUGAGUUUUGCUGAUCAAUUUGGGCAAUGCAGCAAUAAGAAGUGAAACGUGUUGAGCUCAACAGCCCCUGAGUUAGAUUGAGCACAACAUAUAGUGGUUCCCUCAGGUACUGUGUUACAGCCCCAUUGUAGGUGUUAUUACAUAACACUUUAUUAUUGCAUCAGGCUGGUAUUGGAUUAAUACUGUUUGACAGUUAUAACUCAACUAUCCAUAUAGCCCUUGUGGUGUUAUUUAGCCUUGCUGAAAUAUUAUGUUACUAAGGUGUCUAAUGGAAUUGGAAAACUUGUUGCCCUUUGAAACUGCCCAUGCACUCCACACACCUAUGUCACAAUUGAUUUCAUUAUUUGUCACUUAGGCUCCACGUGUCUGGGAGUGUUACGUAUUCAGGGAUGAAGAGAGGUUUAAAACUAUUGUUGCUCCAUCUAUGGCUCUGCUUAUCAUAGUGCUAUAUCUACCCAACUACAUUUCCACUCAACCAAUGGUUUAACCAUUGAGAAUAGGGUUGCAAAGCUACCUGUAUUUUACCAAAGUUACCAGAAUCCUUAUUAAUUUUGGUAAUUAACAGAAAAUAUAUGGCAAUCUAUUGUAACUUUGGUCAUUUAUACAUGAAUAACAAAAAAAAAAAUGUAUUCAUAUAUAGUAU